GGAGUCUCGAUUCAUCUCAAGCUGCAUUAUCUACGACUCUAAAUAUUGUAAGCUACCUUGAGGGUUUUCUCCCCAAAACUUCAAGAUCGGUGGUUUCAUGGAGUUGAAGUUUUAAUUGGUUGCUAAAGGUGGAUGUUAGGUUGCUUGAGGAACAAGCUUUCCUGUACGUUUGGAGGCUCUGAAUCAAACAUUGUUUUACACAGUGGGCACAACAGAGAUCAAGUUACAAUAAAAAGCCCCACAACUAUGCCUUUUUUGAAACACAAUCAUUUUACAGUACGUUCAUCAUUUAGUCUUGAUAUUGAAAGACAAACUUCCAAGGUCCCUCUCGAUGAAACACUCCUCUCCCUUUCCUCUCGAUUAAAGCUCUCAACCGCAGGCUGCGUCUCCCGUCUUCUUCUUCAACUGCAAUGCCACCUCCGAGCUCCCUCUCUUCUUCAAGCGCUGACCUGCGGAACGAAGGCGGUCCAGCCCUAUUCGCUGGUCGGUGUUCUCAUAUGAGGUCUUUGAAACAUCCUCUUCUCUCUUUCUUUGGCUAGGGCUCUGCGUCUGCCAUGGCCAACGCAGCUCUUGUAUGUUAUCUUUUUCCCGUCUCUCUUACUCAUUUGUUGUCUUCAAUGUGCUAGUCCUCAAGUUAGUUUGAUGAAAUUCUUGUGUGCAUGUACACUUUGUUUUUUUAGGCUUCAACUUUUCUUUUUUCUUUUUGUAUUUCAUUCACAAUGGAGUACGUUAAGUCUGUCAUUAGUUUUCAUAAGUGUAUUCUCAGGAAAUUUAGUUCUUUAACUUCCCUUUUUUCAUGUUAUUCUUUGAGGCAGAAUUAUUUAACAAUCAAUAUUAAUUUUUUUCUUGUCGUUGUUAAAGUGAGUGAACAUAUAUGUAUGUAAUCAUCAUGUGAUCAUCGAUUGUUUUCCAAUCCAGUUAUGUUAUUUUCUAUUUCUGUGUGUAUUCAUUCGUACGAGUUCUUCUGCAUUGGAAUGCCAAGGGAUUGGUUAAAUGAGUCUUGAUCUGUGCCAAAAGUGGAUGAAAAAGGUUAUUGUGGUGGACAUGAUUUUCAAAUAUUGCUACGAAACACUGAAUAUAUUUUCACUGUAGAUGAAAUCUACUAUGUUUUUUUUUUUUUGCUGUGUAAUCUCUUAUUUUUUAUUUUCUAAUCUUUGUAAUCUUUUUUUUUUUUUUUUCUAAUUUUCUGCUUUCUCAGCUGAAUAUCUUAGCUGUAGAGAGCUGAGGGCUCUGCAACGACUGUGUUUCAAGUUGUUGGAGAUCCCAACAGCUCAUGUUGUUUUCCGUUUAUUGGCUGAUCAAGCUCUUAAAGAGCUAUUUUAUGAGAUUCUUAGAAAAUUAAUUUUGCGAUUCAGAAGUGUGAUAGAUUUGCCUGUUUGUGAGAUAUUCAGAUGGUAUCAUAGCUUGGCUAAGUGUGAUUUGUUUAGUUAGGGCUUCUUUUUCAAAGAAAAAAAUGAGACGGUCUGCUGCUAUAAAUUUUUUUGGUUGAUUCUGAAUUAGUUGUUGACUUGUUUGAAGAUCUGCGUCAUUACCAAUUGCUGUGACAAUUAUUUUGACAACAAGUAGAUUGCAUCUUGCUGCUGCUGAUUAGGUUGAGAGGAUUGAACUGUCUUGUUUUUCAUUCCUAGUGUGUUAUAUCUCUUCCAUAUGGACCCUUCCUUCACAAAGUCCUAUAUUUUUUAGGGGAGUUCCAAGGGGAAUGAUUUCUUGUGAUGUUUAGUUUGCAAAAACCACCCUAGUCAUUUUUCUACUUCCAACCAUAGGUCACUUGGUUUUAUAAAUGUACUCUUUUUGAAGGAAAAGGGAAAACAAUCUAGGCAAUAUAUCGCUUGACGUCAAGAAUUUUUAGUAAACCUACUAUUUUGAAAAGCAAUUUUGCUGCACUAGGAUGUACCUUCGCUUUGUCUUAGGUAUUCCUUUGAGGGUAAAAGAGGAAGUUUCAAGCCCUUGCUGUCAGUCAAUUGAAGGAGAAGACUGGAAAGAUUCUUUGUGUGAGCUAUGAAGAUGGGUUCAGUGAUGUCGAGGAGCUCAAGGAUUAGGAAAUGCUAUUCGCCUUUGCAAUCAAACAUCUGCAAGAAUCAAACAUGAAAGUGCGAUGAGGUGGAAGACCGAGCGUUCUUUGAAACCUUGGCAGGUAGCAAAAUGAGUGUUGAGAGAUGGGCUCGGAACGAGUGUAGUUGUUCCUCUGGGUUAUUAAUCGAGAGUACUGGGUAUGCAUAAAGGUGAUUUAUGUAUAUUCCACGAAGAUAACAACCUAUGAACAUUUUGUCUCGUUGAAACUCACGAGUUGAAGUGGGUAUGACACGUGACAAUGCUACACAAAACCAUCAAAGAGAUGGCGUUCUGUAGUAGCCUUUGGGGUGGUGAGGUAUUUCCCUCAAAGGUGAAGGUCGGCCUAAAAAAAAAAAAAAAUCAAAACAAGAAAGAAGACAAGCAAAAAAAGAAGAAGAAGAAAAAAGCAAGAAAAAGAAAAAGAAAAACAAAUACAAAAGAAAGCAAGAACAAAAAAAGUGCCUGCCAAGGGAUGAAGAACAUGAAGGCUGAAGUCUCUAGCAUUGAUUGCGAAUCCUUUGUGGGUGAAUGAUUUGAGGUUAAUAUCUGCUCCUUUUCUUUGGUUUCCUGUGAAGCAGAGAACAAUUUCUUCAUGCUCAUACCUUGAAAAUGGAAGGAAAUCCCUUUGCGAGAUUUGGUAGCAUCGACGCGAUUCCAAAUCCUAGUACUUCAUCGAAUACUUCAGGCAAAGGAAGGUUAUAUCUUUUGCACACAACGUGCACUAAAAGCCUAUGGGCAAAAAUUUGAAAAUAAGAAGCCAUUUCAAAGUUCAAUGCUUUGAAAAGAAAAGUUGACGUCUUUUGCUAUAUUCCUAAUUGGUGAGUAUUCGAGGCAAUACUACUUCUCUUUAAGUCAUUUUAGUUGAGGUUUGGUCUUAUUGUUGAGUGUCAACCUGGUUUAGAGUCUUUAGUCUUUGAGACCCAUGUUCAAUAUUUAUCUAUGGCCAUGCUUUGUUUGAGUCAGUUUUCUGUAGUGAGUAAGUUGACUAGAGUACUUAUUGUGUAUAGUCUAGCAUAGUAGGGACAAGGGUUAAAGUAGUUGUUGUGGUUCCAUGCUUGUUUGAAUCUUAGUUAUAGUAGUUCUUGUUUGAUUGUUAACUGUCGUGUUCUUUUCAUUGAGCAUUUGAUUCUUUGUAAAACCAUGUAUCUAAGUUGCACAUGCCCUAGCUAUGUAGAGGUAUGUUUCAGAAGAACUGCGAAUGUUGGAGUUGUUAAACCUUGGUACUGAUUUCAUGGGUUUGUUGGUCUGUCCUAGGAUUGUCAGAAGUUAGAGCAUAUGCUUAUUGAUUGUAUUUCUAAAAGGCCUGAACCAAGUUAGCUGAAUUAUUUUGCAAACAUAUUAAUUUUUGAUUUGUUUUCUCACUUUUUUGUGUUUGAUAGUUAAGAUUCCCGGCAUUAUAAUUAAAUUUUCAUCACUUGUUCACUGAACUUAUGUAUGUAUUUAUGUUCUUAAGGUGUUGCUGGUUUUGAAAGUCUGUUUUUUAGUUUAAGAUAGUUCAGAUUUUUUAUUGAUAUGAGAUUCUGAGUAUUGUGCUUUGCCAAGUUGAAUUGUCUAAUAGUGCCUUUGAUGGGUUUGGUUUUCAAGUUUUAUAGUUGGUUAGUUUCUAUACCAUCGUGAACCGUCUCUUGUUUGAAUUUUGCCUCCUUUCCUUUGACCUAAGAUUGGGAAGCAAUUUCUAUAUCAAUUCAAAAGCUUUUUCUACUCAGUUUUGUUUUGAUCAAAUUUGGUGAAUUUUAGGGUAGAUUUAAUGAGUCGAAGUCAGUUUCUUCCAAACCCUGCCUUUCUGCAACAUUGUUGUCGAAACAAAAUAGGACAAUUGGGGAACCAUGUUUCUG